UUAGCAGCCGCACAGCUCGCGUUCACAACCACCAGUGCCAACUACAAGACCACAGACCUGAACCGUCCACUUUACUUUUAUUUUAUUAUUUGAAAAAUAAAUAAUAAAAAGCAGAAACCGUUAACUUAUUUCGCAGCCGCUGACAGGACAGAGGACUUCUUCUCGAGGCUGAGCAGGCGGUAAUUUAUUUUGAAAGUUGGAUUACAGCGAGAGCCACUUGAACUGAGAGGAAAUACUGUCCGCCGAUGCUGCUCAGAAGAUGAGCAGUGGUGAAACACAGAUUGGGGGAAAUAAGCGGAAUCCUGUGCUGUCAACGGCAGUGUGGCGAGCGUAGAUAAGCCCCCUUAUGAGGUGAAAACCCUUCCCCGUCCUGCAGUAUCCCCUCCCAGCACCAACAGCAGGAAUAAGGGAUGUCACGGCUGUUUCUCCUUUUGGCAGUGCUCAUUGUCUACUGCAGCAUCCAGGCGUCUCUUGCUGGUAGUCUGAAAAGGCUGAAGGAGAGCUGGGAAUCAUACAUGACGGAGUGUGAAAACAACAAUAGCCGAGACCCGCCAAGCAUCGGCCUCGUGUGCAACAGGACUUUUGACAAUUAUGCCUGUUGGCCUGAUGGAUUCCCCAACACCACUGUCAGUGUGUCGUGUCCCUGGUAUCUGCCGUGGUACCAUGAAGUUAAGCACGGCAUGCUGCAUCAGGAAUGCGACGCAAAUGGCCAGUGGGUGACUACAAAGAAUACCAGCGAGUGUGACUCUAGUAUGCAAAGUCUGUUGCAGCCGUACUAUGGCCUUAUUUGGGUCAUGUACACAGUGGGUUAUUCCUUAUCUCUGGUGGCUUUGGUGUUGGCGCUUGGCAUCCUCAUAUUUUUCAGGAAACUGCACUGCAUGAGGAACAACAUCCACAUGAAUCUGUUUGCCUCCUUCAUCCUGCGAGCGCUGUCUAUCCUCAUCAAAGAUGCUCUGUUGGGGGCCUCCAACAUCAACCAGGACCUCAGCAGAGACCCGGAGCAGGGAUUCCCCCAGGCAUCUAUGCCUCCAGUCGAGCUGCUGGCCAACAAUGAGAUGAUUAGCUGUCGCAUCGCUGUGGUGAUGAUGCAGUAUAGUAUAUUGGCCAACAGCUACUGGCUGCUGGUGGAAGGCAUCUACCUCCACAACCUCCUGGUCAUCACUGUGUUUACAGAGAGGAACUACUUCAAAAUCUACUUGUGCAUUGGCUGGGGUACCCCAUUAAUAUUUCUUGUGCCCUGGGUGGUGGUUAAAUACCUAUAUGAAAAUCAAGAGUGCUGGGAGCGAAAUAUAAACAUGAAAUACUGGUGGAUCAUCCGUUCUCCAAUAGCGCUGGCAGAUGUGAUCAACUUCCUUAUCUUCAUCCAUAUCAUCAAAAUCCUUGUGUCAAAGCUUCGAGCGCAUCAAAUGAGAUACACAGAUUACAAAUUCAGGUUGGCUAAGUCAACUCUAACCCUGAUCUCUCUGCUGGGCAUCCAUCAUAUGGUCACUAUUUUUGUGAUAGACGAAUCCACCGAGACAACCAUCGGUCUGCGUCUCACCAGGCUUUUCAUGGACCUUUUCUUCUCCUCCUUCCAGGGUCUCCUGGUGGCCAUCUUGUACUGCUUUGUCAACAAAGAAGUGCAGUCUGAGAUCCUUAAGAAGUGGAAGCGCUGGAAACUAGGAAGGAACAUCGAGGAGGAAUACCGUCACACCUACAGCAAUACACACAACACGAAGACAGGCAGCCUGCCCAACCACGUCUGUCAACUGCCUCAUCUCCCAGACGUCGCCAAAAGCUCUGCCCCAGUCUGCACCCCCGAGGAAAGGCACAUGCUUGUGACCGGAUGUCACAAUGGUAUGGUCCUCAGUAAGGAGGCAGAUCAGUGCACCUCCCCGCUGCACGAGGGAACAGACAUCAACCUUUUGGACAAGGUACAGUGUUACGAGGCCCAGAGAGAGAACGUGGAGAGUCAUGUGACUCUGACAUAAUGCCCUGGGUGGCUGUGAAGAGCUGGGCUGAUAGAGUCAUCUGUCAGAGCCGUCUUUGCCCAGAGAUCAGUGUCACUGUGAGGCCGAGCAGCGCUCAGCCCUCUCCACAGCCUGAGAACGAAUACAGAGGACGUCUAAUGUGCCGUGAGCCUCGUGAAUGGAUUUCUGUUGAAGUUUGUUACAUGCUGAGAGAAACAUGCACGUUGAGCAAGGCAGAUAAGCCAUGUAAAAUAAUAAGAAAAAAAACAAACAAACCCUGAAACCUCAAAUAGCAACAGUGGAAACAAAACAACAAAAAGACACAGGGUCCUUGCUUAAGCCUCUGCUUUAAUUUGUGAUGUGUAUCAUAUGUAUGUUUUGUGGUACUGGAGGUUAAAGACAAACUGGACAUUGAACUGCUUACACAGAAAAACACCAAAAGUGACACAAAGGAAGAUGGUAGGGAACAGAGGAAAAUGCUUUUUGCCCUUCUUUUUUUUUGCUUCGCUGUGAUAUGUGUAAACGGUUUCUUGUCUAUACCGACUUUGAUGACAAUGUACAGAAAAACAAGAAACAUCACGUCGACUGUACCUCAUACAGUAAGAUGACCACAGUGUUGUUCAAGCGACCCCUUCCAGGGCCCGUAGGAAAAUUGGCAGCUGUUCUCACCUGGGUCAUUCCUGUCUUACAUAAAGACAUCAAAAGAGGUCCAGAGAUGGUAUGGUAUGAAAUAUAAAUAAGCUAAAAUGAUCAUCGCUGUAUGUACUUAAGUGUUUUACAAUAAAAAUAAAUCGUUUUUAUAUACAGUAGGUCUAAACCUUGGAUGCUGCUGAGGGCUACAGUUGUAACUGUGUUAAUGUGCCAGAUAUGUUUUUAAAGGGAAAUAUUUGCAAUUCUGUGCCAUUAAAUAUGUUUUUAUUUCCCUCUUGUCCUCAAGAUGUUGUCUGACUCACAUGCCUUGGUGUACUAUAUGAACUUCUACACAGUAGUGCACUCAACCCUUGAGAUGAACGCUGAUAUGGGAAGUCGUGCACUCAAAUCAAGGAUAAAAAUACACGGCGGCAUAUAGACAUGAACUGUAAAACCACACAUGCAUAAAGUAUGAGUCCAACACUGUGACUCAAAAUAACAUGUCAUCUCUGGAACAAGGGUGCUUUUGCAAUGUUAAAUAUAGGCUGUCAUGCAUGCAGAUUGCGCAGAUUUAGUGAGCUUAAGUUCUAAAUUGUGUGAAUCAUUCGGCGAGGAUUUGUGCCACACAGUGCCAUGACAUCAGUAUUUCAAUCGUGCAAACACAAAAAUAUCAGAAAGCCAGUUCUAAUGACUGCAUGAGCCCAGUUACUGUACAGUGUUUAUUACUCAGCCCCGUCCUGUGUCUGCAGGGGCUGUGGACAUUUAGAACAAAACUCUGCUGAAAGUUGAACAAAACCUCUCUCGUAAGCAUUCUAGUGACAAAGAAAGCUAAUUUAUCAGUGGUACAUUUACUUCUGAAUACAUUGCAUUUAUUUCGAAAGAAGGGAAGUCCCCUGUAGAGCAUUCAUUAAUCUUUGAGUUGCAUUUCAGUUACUUUGAGUUUCAUUUUGCCAGAACUAACUCAACUUGACUUUGUAUGUAUGACUAUUUGCACAAUGUUAAUUUAUAAUUGGUAAAUACUGUGUGUGUAUAUAUGUGUUUAUAUCAGUGAUUUAUUUGAUUGCUGUCAAUAUAUUUCAUUACAUGUCCGUGUGAAUGUGCGUGUCCCAUGUACUAUAUUUUCAGGUGAGUAUGAAUGUGCGUAGUUUCAGUAUUCCAGAUUUGUGGAUGUGUUACUUUAGGAUGAAUCAUUGGCUAUAGGCGCUUAAGUGAUGGGUUGAUAUAAACCAAUGCAACUGGCUUUACACACAGCACAAAGGACAUUAUACAGAAAGUCAGCCCUGCUGUAGCAUAUACAGUAACGCAGUGUAUGACAUUUCCAGAAGCCAUGCCUAUAUAAGGCGUAAGGAAGACACAGUUCUGUGUUUUAUUAUGGAAGCUACUCUCUGUGUGACUCCUCUGUGUCAUUUCAUAGUUCAGAAGUAAAUUAGAGCACAACAGCAUCGUGUUUGUCAUUCGGAUAAUAGCUCCGUGCAUUUACACUUCAACCAGGUGCUGGUGUUGAGUUGGUUAAAAAAAAAUAAUAAUAAUAAAAUUGCAGGCUGAGGCUAUUUUUCAUCUGCGUCUGUGGAGGAUUAUAAUAGAGCAGAUAGAUAUCCAAUACUGAAUCGUGCUGGGAGCAUGAUGCACACACUGGUACUGCUGUUGCUCAGAGGUGAAUUUGAAGUGUUUUGCAGAGCGGGCAAAAUGUUUGGAUACUGACACAGUAACUAAGGAAUGUUGUGAACCUUUGAGGAAAAUAGUAUUCAGUAGAAUAUAUAAGUAUAUUGCUAAUUUUAUUUCUAACUAAUACAUGUAUUUUAAACUGUGACCAUAACCAUGUAUGUUUUUUGAAGCCAGCAGCUUGGGUCACUCCCCUUUCUGGACCAAAGUGGUUCUGUCUGAAUGUAUUCUUUAAGAGGCCCAAAUCUAUAUGUUCAUUUUUAUUUUCUCUUAAAGGUGGUUAUGUAUAGUAUAGUUUCUGUGAGGAACCAAUCAGUAAAAACUGACUGUGUUCAUGUGUAUACAGUUUAUCAUAUAUUGUGUCUGCUUAUCAAACUUUGUCCAAAUGGUAAAAAAAAUAAAUAACAAUGUAUGUGAAAGAGGAAUUUAACUUGCUGUGUCUUUUGUACUGGUGAACAUUCAUAAUGUUGAA